CGUUGGACGUCGAGGCGAAAAGACGUGCGCGUUGAAGCCUCAUUACUUGUUGCUUGAAUGUUUUUAGAAAAAUUGCGUUAAAUUAUAUCGGCUUUACCACCAAGUGAACGAAUCGUUAUGUCUCCGUGUCGUGUAGUGGCGUGUGUCGCCGCGUUGGUGGCUGUCUGCUGCGCCCCGGGGUCUGUCGAGUCUCUUGACCUCAAUCGACUUUAUGGACACCAUAAUAAACGCUCCGAAUACUGUCACCCCUACGAGCCAUUCAAGUGUCCAGUCGACGGAAACUGUAUCUCGAUUCAGUAUCUCUGCGACGGAGCACCGGACUGCAUUGACGGCUACGAUGAAGAUUCCAAGCUUUGCACGGCAGCUAAACGACCACCUGUAGAAGAAACCGCUUCAUUUUUACAAUCACUCAUAGCUUCGCAUGGACCCAAUUAUUUGGAAAAGCUGUUCGGGAGCAAGGCCAGAGAUGCCCUAGAACCACUCGGUGGCGUGGAGAAAGUCGCUAUUGCUCUAUCUGAAUCGCAAACCAUUGAAGACUUCGGUGCAGCUCUUCACCUGAUGAGAUCUGACCUCGAACACCUCCGCUCCGUAUUCAUGGCAGUUGAGAACGGAGAUCUUGGUAUGCUGAAAUCUCUUGGCAUCAAGGACAAUGAACUUGGCGACGUCAAAUUUUUCCUGGAGAAGCUGGUUAACACCGGUUUUCUCGAUUGAAUAGCACCGGAGUCGGCCUCUGACUACUACCACGUCGUCCAAUUUGGUCCCAUCAGCUCCUCAUUCUACAGCUAUCUUCCCUACGACUCCUUUAAAUAUAAGAGAAAUUGAAAUUUCUCUUUCCGCGCCCGUGAGAAUGGUGUAUGCUUGAAAUAAAUUUCACGAGAAGCACUUGUUCGUAUUCGUAAUCGUCUUCUACAACCGGCCACGUGGAAUCGAUUCGAAUCGAACGAUUGCAUCUCAAUUUUUAUUAAAUAUCUCGAAUAAAUCGCUGCGUCUCACGCAUUUCUACAUUUAAAAUCAUUUAGGUAGUCGAUAACGAUUAAUUUUCGAAUAACAGUAGGAUAAGUAGAUAUAUUUUAUCUAUUGUAAAAUAGGCUUUAUUUUAACUUUUUUUAAACCUGAGUUUUGACCAAGGAAAUACUCGCGUCUACAUCAUGGAAGUGCUAAUAAAAAUGCUAUUUCCAAAUAGUAUAGAAUGUCUAACAUCAGUAAAACUAGUAGUAAAAAAAAUAUUACGUGGUAUGUUUAAAAGCACUGUUCAUGAUCUUGGUUACAACUUUUUUUCGCUACGUUUGAGAGAAUGAAUGUCGCCCUUAAUGCAAAAUAUACCUAAGGCUUUCUACCCCAAAACGAUGUCAGAGGCGACUCCAUUGAUACGGCAAUGUCCAAAAAAAUAAAGGAAUAUAUUAUCUUAACGUCAAAAGAAUAUUCAUUUCUUAGGUAGAUAUAUAGAAAAUAUGUAUAAGGAAAAGUAAGGAAUGCAUGCGCUUUGUAUCUGGCUUUUGGAAAAUAUUCCAAAGUAGGACCACGAGAACAUAUCAUUGUAACUUAGAACUAUUUAAUAUAUUAUAGAUAACAAUCAGUAGUGGAUAAAGUACAAUUAUUUUAAUAUGAUCGGUAUUGUAGUGUUUAUGAAACAUUUUUAGAUCUUUUUAGUAAUUAGUGGAGUUCGAUACAUAUCAAGCAUCGACGGUGCUCCAUUCAACACAUACAUAUCAAAAUUAUGUGAUUUAAUAUAUGUUAGAACGUGUUAUUUAAUAAAUAUAGUAUAUACGUAGUGGAGAACAAAUCAUAACUUUCUAUCUUUAUGGCUACGGUUUUGAAAUUCGAAUUAAUUCUUACAUUUGUCUUUUUAAAACUUUUGUCAAAUGCGGGCUACGGUGACAACGAAAUGAUGCUUUAUGCAAAUGAGUAGGCUUAUAUUCUGGCGAUUGAGAAUUAAAAGCGUAGUUUAUAAAAAAUAUAACAUCAAAUAUAUUCUUACUAAAUUAGAUAGAAAUAUGGUGUGAAUAACAAAAUUUUACAAAGCGCAAUAAGGAAAGGAGACACAUAAAAAUGCGAAGAUUUAAAAAAAAAAAUCGUUAUGGAUAUUUUUCAUUUGUGCCCUAAGGCCACAGAUUAAAUCGGUAGGAUUGAAAAGAGUGUGUACAUGCCUGUAUUUGUCAGAAGUUACUUGAGAAAUCUUUACAAUUCCUACUCUAAAUAUCACGUAGGUAAUAUAUAGCAGCUACAUAUUACAUUUAAAGUAGCGAACAUCUUUUUAAGGGUAAAACCGUAUAUUUAACUUGCGUCUGAUCUCUAUAAUUAUAUAGUUUUAAGGACGGUGUUGUCUAUAAAUCUUUAUCUCUAUUAGUUAAUGUGUUUUGAUCUAUGUAUAUGGCUUAUCUGUUCUUAAAAGACAAAUAAAUAAAUGAAUCAUCUCGAA